AUGAUUCCUAGUAUCAGAUGCUAUAAUGAAGAUCCGGAAUUUUUUCAAUGUAAACUAAUACCUAAUAACUUAAAAAAAAUUUUAAAAAAUUUAGAAAAAUUUGUUGAAAAUGAAAAUAUAAUUUUGAUUACUUCAGGUGGUACUAAGGUACCACUUGAAAAAAUUGAAAUUAGGAAUAUAGAUAAUUUUUCAACAGGAACUAGAGGAGCACUUAUUUGUGAAUAUUUUUUAAAAAUAAAUAAAAAAGUGAUUUUUUUACAUAGAAGAGGAUCAGCGAUACCUUUUGAACAUCACUUUAAAAGUUUAUCAAAAGUGGAUAAUAUAGACAUUGUUAAUAACGAAAUUGCUUUUAAUUUAAAUGAAGAAGAGAAAAAGAUAAUAUUACAGAAUGUUAAAAAUUACAAAAUGUAUUCUAAAAAUAUUUUUUUUAUUUCCUUUGAUACUGUUUUUGAAUAUAGUUAUUAUUUAAUUGAAAUUUGUAAUUUAUUAAAUCGAACUAUAGAAGAAAAAUAUACUAGGUAUAUAAAUACUAUAAAAGUAGAAGAAAAUUUUAAAUGCAAUUCACCAUUUCAAUUAUAUAUUCAAAAUUUUUUUAAUGAAUUGUUGUUGUUUUUCACUAAUUAUGAAGAUGCAAUUUUUUUUAAAUCAAAUAAACAUAAAGCCUAUAGAUUAUUACGACAAAUGGAUAUAUUUAAAGGUCUUCAUUUAGAAAAUAUUAAAAAUAAUGAAUUUCUGCAAGAAAUGCAUAGUUUUUUUAAAAGCACAUCAAAUAUUUUGAAUAAUAUCGUUAAAAUUAAGAAGUACAUAUUACAAAAAGAUCAUAGAGAAAAUAUAAUUUUAGAAAUUAAUUUUUUAAUUAGUAGAAUGAAUUAUACUACUGAGAAUUGCUUUACAGAAGAUCGAAUAUUAAAUGAAUAUAAAAAUGAAAAUUUAAAAAGUAAUAAUAAUAUAAAAAAAAAAAAUAGAAAUGAAUUAAAAGGAUUAUUACCAACAAAUCAUUUAGUUAUACUUUGUGCUGCUGUCAGUGAUUUUUAUAUUCCUUUAAAUAGGUUAUAUGAUGGUAAAAUAGAAAGUACAACAUCUAUUAAUUUAUUAAUGAGUGUAACACCUAAGUUUUAUAAACUCAUAAAUAAAAAUUUUUUUUUUCUAAAAUUAUGUAUUUUUAAAUUAGAAAGUGAUUCAAAUGUACUCUUUAGAAAAUCAUAUGAAAAAAUACAAUAUGCCGAUAUGUUAAUAGCAAAUGUGUUAUACAAUAGAUAUAAUUAUGUUUCUGUUUUCACUGACUCAUAUCAUUUUAUUCCAUUAUACAAAUCCCAAUCUGAACCAAUUGAAAAUAAAAUAUGCCAUCAUAUAUGUGAACACUUCAAUUAUAUGAAAAAUAUAUAG